UCCCCAAGAUGUCAGCGCCCAUUGGUGAAAUUUCGAUCGUCGAAAAUUGCACAAAAGACGAAUUUUUGACCAAUCUAUACCCUAAACGCAAACCUGUGAUAUUGAGAGGCUUGGACAUCGGACCAUGCAAAGACAAGUGGACUGUUGAUUAUCUCAGUUCAAAAGGAGGAAAUAAGGAGGUGAAGCUUCAUGUCGCCCCAUGUGCUCAAAUGGACUUCAUCCACAAGAACUUUGCCUAUCGGUCACUGCCAUUUGAUGAGUUCAUACAGAGAGCAUCUCAGGAUGUGAAAGCUGGAUACUUCUUUCAAAAGGAUGAGAGAUACUACCUUCGGUCACUGGGAGAUGACCCAAGGAAAAGUGUGGCAGACAUCCGUGAACAGUUUCCAGAGAUUGCAGACGACUUGAAAAUUCCUGAGUUCUUUGACCAGGAAAAGUUCUUCUCAAGCGUGUUCCGGAUUGGAUCUGCUGGAGUUCAGCUGUGGACUCAUUAUGAUGUUAUGGACAACAUCCUUAUACAAGUCAAGGGAAGAAAACGAGCUGUCCUCUAUGCCCCGAGUGAUGCUCUCUACAUGCAUCUGAAUGGGGAUAAAUCUGAAGUCCUGGACAUAGACAACCCUGACUUCACAAAAUAUCCCGACUUCCUAAAAGCGAGGCGAUACGAAUGUUACCUUGAACCAGGGGAUGUCCUCUUCAUACCAGCUCUGUGGUUCCAUAACAUCAUCGCUCUCGAAUUUAGUGUUGCUGUCAAUGUUUUCUGGAAACACCUUGACAACAGUUGCUACGACAACAAGGACACAUACGGAAACAAGGACCCUUUAGCAGCGGGCAGAGCAUUUCAGAUUUUAGAUCGUGCUUUAAAAACAUUGGAUGAACUACCAGAGGAAUAUUGUGACUUCUAUGCUCGUCGAUUGGUUGCUAGGAUACAAAAUAAAUCAUUUUUGAAUUCUUAA